UAAGAAUAAAUCGCGAUGUAAAAUCGUUUCGUGUCGGUGUGCGAAUUUAAUUUAAAUAAACUUAAUUAAUUAAUUAAUUUAUAAUGAACGGUUGUUGUAAAGUGAAAAGAAAAACCAUGGGGAUGGUUAUUUUAUUUCUAAUCGUUAUCUCAACAACGAACGUGUUAUGUUAUGGUGGUUAUGAUUCAUCGAUUCCCUCGUCACAAGAAGCAUGUGGGAGAAGAUAUAAAUCAUCAAGAAUGUUAAAACCCCCUUGUGAUUUAUCGGUAGAAUCAUUUUGCACGAAAGCAGGCACAACAUAUCCUUGGAACGCCGUUAGACAUUUCGUGCGUGAAAAUCAAGGCUUAAUGAAACGAAUGUACGGCGAUCAAUUGCAAAGAUCAGUAAUUGAGGCUGAAUUACUUUCGAAUGAUAUCCUAGAAAGUUAUCAAGAUGACAACAACAACAACAACAACGAAGAUUUAUAUUUCAACGGAGAUUUUAAAAGCCGAUACUCAAAAAGCUUAGAUUUAGAUAAUGAGUUACUUCAAGAUUCGUUAAAAUCGAUGAUGCAUGGUGAAGAGGCAAAGAAGAACGAUGAUGUUAUGAAUACUAAAUUUGUUUUUCCCGAGAUGAGUGUUAAAUAUGGCGAUUUAAUGAAUAAAACUAAUAAUAAUAAUAAUAACAAAACGGCGACUACGACCAUGUCGACAACGGAAAAUCUUAAUUUAAAACGAACGACCGAUGAAGAAACCUCAAAAAUUUCAAUAACCGACAGCUACAACGCCACUUAUUAUUUUUAUGAAGUCGAAGAUGUUCAAAAUAACACCGAAAACAGUACGGAAAGAACCACGAGUACCAUAACGACCGAAACUGAAAGCACCAUAACGUUUGAAGAAACAACAACGGAACAACCCGAAAAGCGAAAAGCCAGCACUAGUACCAUGUUGUUUCAAGAUACAAAUCAAAAGAAAAUUAACUCAUUUAAAGGACAAGGAAUAAAUGCUUGUCCGGUUAAACAAGAAGUUGUGGCUCCGUAUUGGGCGAAUAACACUCGGGGUGAAGUUUUGGCGUUAAUCAAUAUUUAUCCGUUUGAACAAUACAUUCAUUGCGAGAUGUGUACAUUUCAACAUAAACAAAUGUAUUGUCGGGAAGGCUGUCGGUGCGAACAACAAUAUAGGAUCCACCGAUUAUUAGCCUAUGACCCCAAUAAUGAAUGUCGCGGGGUUUUCGCCGAUUGGUUUAAAUUCCCAUCGUGUUGUAUUUGCAAGUGUUAUUUUUUCAACGAGGGUAGAGUGACGGCGAGGAGUCCAAGAAGUCGAGAUACCGAGAAAUACGUUCCGAAUUGGUUUAAGAAAAAAUCUAAAGAGUAUUUUAAUAAUUGAAGGAUCGAAGAAAGAAGUGGGAUAAUCUAAUAGUUGUUAGUGUAAAUUUGUAAGAUUUAUUUUUUUGUGGAAGGAUUUUUUUUAGAUAUUGAAGGCUCGUGUUUUUUUUUCUUACAAAUAAAAUGGUAUUUAAAUAAAAAUGAAAGACAUUUUAGAGUGAUUUAUAUCUCUUGUUUAAUUAAAAAAAAAAAUAAAUAAUAAAAAUAUAAAGACUUUUAUGUAAUU